AUGGUGGUUGAAAAGGUUAAAGAUGGAGAUAUAGUCGACUGCGUUGACAUAUACAAACAACCGGCUUUCGAUCAUCCGCUUCUGAAAAAUCAUACCAUUCAGGUGUUAUUCACACUUUACCCACUAGACAAUUCAAAUAGUAUUUUAAUGAAGUCCAGCCAUCUUGAUCCAACCGAGCAUACACCAAGGACUAUGCAAAACUCUAGUUCUUCCAAGUUGCCAUCACAAGUAUGGUUGCAGUAUGGAAGUUGCCCAAACGGAACAAUCCCAAUUCGUAGAUCCUCAAACAAUCAUCAAACUAAUAGCUAUAGCCAUCCCAGGAAGUUUUCAGUGGCUCUAACCGAAAUAUACAGUUACUCGGGAGCUAAAGGCAACAUAAAAGUAUGGAAACCCUAUGUUGAAUCGGUCGGUGACUAUAGUAGUUCUCAAGUUAUGCUUAGGAAUGGCCCUUUAACAGCCUUUGAGACUGCACAAGCCGGAUGGGCAGUAAACCCGUUUGUUUACAACGAUGCUAAAACCCGCUUAUUUGCAUACUGGAGUGUUGAUGGCAUGAGAAAUACAGGCUGCUUUGAUCUCACAUGUCCUGGGUUCGUUCAGACAUCUCACGAGAUCCUUUUGGGAGGAGAUCUUGAUCCAUAUUAUGGAGCUGAAAUCUCAAUUCAAAUCUCCAAGGAUCCAAACACAAAUAACUGGUGGUUUAAAUUCAACGACAAGGAAGUUGGGUACUGGCCUGGCGACAUUUUUCAGUUAAUGAAAUAUCAAGCCACCUCAGUCCGGUGGGGAGGUGAAGUCUACAGCCAGAAGGUGGGAACCCAUCCACACACAGAAACCGCCAUGGGCAAUGGACAGUUUUCUGACCACGUAUUUAGACGCUCUGGAACAAUCACAGGGAUGCUGAUAGAAGCAAAUUCGAAUCCACCAAGGCAACCAGAUCCUGAAACGAUGUUCGUUAGCUCCGAUGAGUGGAGCUGCUACGACGCAUAUCUAUUGACAAGACAUGUCCCUGAACCCGUGUUCCUCUACGGAGGUCCGGGGGGUCGCAAUAAUCCAAUGUGCUAA